AUGGGCACCCCUGAUAGUUAUCUGCCUCCUGCCUUGAGCGCGGAGACUAUCACCUCGUUGAUCCUAUCAUUGGAUCUCCCUGCGCCAAGUUCCAUCGAGCCCCUGCAGGUCAAAGCCGCCUUUCAUUCCAUCUAUCUCAUCCAUUUCGCUUCGGCACAAGGUAUCACAGCACGAGCAAACAAGGAUAACACCGUUACGCUCGUGCUGCGCGUCUCUGGCCGGCAGCUACCCGGCAUCAAGACACGCAACGAGGUUGGCAUCAUGACCUGGGUCGGUAAGCAUACCUCUAUUCCCGUACCGGCCAUCAUUCAGUCGGAUGCGACGGAGAACAACGUGAUCGGACAUGCGUUUACCCUACUCGAGAAAGCGUCCGGCAUCAGCGUCGAUCAGAUAUAUGCAACGCUAUCCAACGAGGUCAAGAAGCAGAUGGUCCACCAACUGACGGAUUAUCUGAUCGAGCUGCAUGCGCAACCCUGGCAUGAGGGGUAUCAGACUCCUGACCUGGACAAGUACUGGUCUGCCUCGACCGAAGUCAAGAGUACGGAGACACUCGAAAGUCUCAAUCCCAUACCAGCCGAGGGGUUCCCUAGCUACUCGGCGUAUACGAACAGCUGCCUCGAGCGGUAUAUUGACGUGAUCGAGGUCCAUCCCUCUCUGGAGCCCUACCGUGAUUUGAUUUCCCGGAUCCGCGAGUUCAUGGCGCAGCUGCGGCGGCCAGACAACCAGGCAGAGCUCAACCGCGUCGCCUACAUCAUGGCACACAAAGAUAUGCAGUUUGCCAACAUCAUGUGCGACCCGGACCAGCCAGGGUGUCCAAUCACCGCGGUCCUGAGACUGGGAGUUCAGCGGGGUGGUUCCCGGCCCGAGGUGGAACCCCCCGCGGGCAUUCCUGUGGAACAUAAAAUGGGACCCUGA